AUGGAACUGACCUCGUUGCUGAAGAAAUUGACCGUUCGUGAAGAUCUGACGGACGCUGAGGCCACUUUUGCCGUGCAGCAAAUUGCCUCUGAAAAGUCAGUUGAGAACCCCGUGGCUGUAGGUGUGUUAUUGGCUUUGCUAGCAGCCAAGGGAGAGACCGCCGCCGAAGUUGCAGCCUUUGCCAAGCAUAUGCGCUCCGAGUACAUUAGUGUGCAUGUUCCAUCUAAACGUGCGACGCUUGAUAUUGUCGGGACCGGAGGCGAUGGUGCCAAUACUGUCAAUUUAAGCACAGCAGCUGCUGUCCUGGCCGCUUCGUGUGGAGCACUAGUGGCCAAACAAGGCAAUCGAUCGGUGUCCAGUCAAUCAGGCUCUGCUGACGUGCUGGAGGCGCUGGGUGUGCCUAUGCUUCAACCGGAGAAAGUGGCGCUUUGUCUCGAGGAAGCACAGAUCACUUUCAUGUAUGCACCGCACUUCCACCCGGCUAUGCGUUUCGUAGCGCUAGUGCGCAAGGCGCUUGGGAUCCGCAGUGUUUUUAAUAUCCUCGGCCCGCUCUUGAAUCCAGCGGGAUGCAAACGUGUGGUCAUUGGCGUCUAUACGCCAAAGCUGCUUGAUCUUUUUGGAAAUGUGCUGCUAAAGCUCGGUGUAGAGCAUGGCCUUGUUGUGCACUGUGCGGGGCUAGACGAGCUCAAUUCAAUGGGCACGGCGGAUGUCGUGGAAGUUCGUAGUGACACGGAGGUGCCAUUUCGCCGCUACAAACUGCUUCCUGAGGACGUGGGCGUUCCGGUAGUGACGCUUGAACAGUUGCAAGGAGGAGGUGCUGCUGAAAACGCUGCCAUCCUUCGUAAGGUGUUUGGUGGUGGCGUUGCAAGUGACAGUCCCGUGGGAAACACGAUUGCUUACAAUGCUGGUGCAGGGCUGUAUGUCUACGGUCUUGCCGACAGCAUCAAGAGUGGGUACGAGAUGGCGAAGAAGCAGCUUUUCUCGGGUAAGGCACUGGUGACACUGGAUAACUGGACCCAGGUGGCGCAGCGAUUGAACACUCAGCCUUAA